UGGGAAGUGUGGGACCCGGGAAACUAUAGAGAGCACCAAAAGGACGAUAUAUAUAUAAGACACGUGACGUACAGUUGCCGUGUACUACCUUGGUGCCGCGUGCAAUAAAACCGCGCGCCUCUCACCACAUUGAAGAUUUCUAUUUAUCGGAUUAUUAAAGGUUAUGCAGUUGCAUCGUCGCGACAUCUCCUCCCUGCCUGGCAUUGCCAGCAGUUAUCAGUGAUUUCAUUGAUUGAUAUCAGGAUUUCGUGUUGGCCUCCUUUUCUAGGACUACUCGUGUAUAAGGAGAACAAUGGACUAAACGUUUUCUUGAAUAGCUACUUUACAAGGGAAUAAAUCUAAUUUGAAAGUUGGCGCCGAGUUUUCGUGGCUACAAAUUGUUGUUUGGUAGGGGAAAACUACGCAAUCUGUGUGAUGCUUCGGGUGUUAUAGGCGUGCAGCAAGACGAGCCUUUUAAUAGUUGCAUUUCCUAACCACUCUGAAUCGACCCGAAAAUGUCUAAUACAAAGUUCAAAAAGGAUAAAGAAAUCAUUGCUGAUUACGAGAGUCAAGUUAAAGAGAUCCGUGCCCAGCUGGUGGAGCAGCAGAAAUGCCUGGACCAGCAGACAGAGAUGAGGGUGCAGCUCCUCCAGGACCUGCAGGACUUCUUCAGGAAGAAGUCCGAGAUUGAGAUGGAGUACUCCAGGAACCUGGAGAAACUGGCAGAGAGGUUCAUGGCUAAGACUCGGAGCACCAAGGACCACCAGCAGUACAAGAAGGACCAGAACCUGCUGUCCCCGGUUAACUGCUGGUACCUGUUGCUGAACCAGGUGAGGAGGGAGAGCAAGGACCAUGCCACCCUCAGUGACAUCUACCUGAACAACGUCAUCAUGCGCUUCAUGCAGAUCAGCGAGGACUCCACACGCCUGCUCAAGAAGAGUAAGGAGAUAACGUUUCAGCUUCAGGAAGACUUGAUGAAGGUCCUCAACGAGCUUUACACUGUGAUGAAGACUUACCACAUGUACCACACGGAGAGCAUUAGUGCAGAGAGCAAGCUGAAGGAGGCGGAGAAGCAGGAGGAGAAGCAGAUCGGCCGGGCCGAGCCCGUCUUCAGCUAUCGCCUGGAAGACAAGCACCAGAGACGCAGCUCCGUCAAGAAGAUUGAGAAGAUGAAGGAAAAGCGCCAGGCCAAGUACUCGGAGAACAAGCUGAAGUCAAUCAAAGCACGGAACGAGUACCUGCUGACACUGGAGGCGACAAAUUCCUCCGUCUUCAAGUACUACAUCCACGACUUGUCUGACUUAAUUGACUGCUGUGAUCUGGGCUACCACGCCAGCCUGAACCGUGCCCUGAGGACCUACCUAUCGGCUGAGUACAACCUGGAGACAAGUCGCCAUGAGGGCCUAGACAUCAUCGAGAACGCCGUGGACAGUCUGGACCCCCGCAGCGACCGCCAGCGCUUCAUGGAGUUGUACCCCACAGCCUUCUGCCCGCCCAUCAAGUUCCAGUUCCAGCCCCACAUGGGCGAUGAGGUGUGCCAGAUCGCGAUGCAGCCGCCGGUGAGCGGAGAGCUGAUGUUGAGGUUCCAGCAACUACAGUCCCGCCUGGCCACUCUGAACAUCGAGAACGAGGAGAUCAAGAAGACGUCAGAGGCCACCCUGACGACCAUCCAGGACAUGGUGACCAUCGAGGACUACGACGUCUCCGAGUGUUUCCACCACAGCCGCUCCACCGAGUCGGUGAAGUCCACCGUGUCGGAGACCUACCUCAGCAAGCCCAGCAUCGCCAAACGGAGGGCCAACCAGCAGGAGACGGAGCAAUUCUACUUCAUGAAAUUCCGGGAGUUUCUGGAGGGCAGCAAUCUCAUCUCCAAACUGCAGGCCAAGCACGACCUACUGAAGAGGACUCUGGGAGAAGGUCACCAAGGGGACUAUAUGACCACAAGGCCUCCCAAUGUGCCGCCCAAACCUCACAGUGGCAGAAAUAGGAGGGCUAGGCCCCGCUCGGUCUUUAACGUUAAGUUGUUUAAUGGCAAUCUGGAGUCCUUUGUCAAGGACUCUGGACAAGCUAUUCCCCGUGUGGUGGAGAGCUGUGUUCGAUUCAUCAAUCUCUAUGGCCUUCAGCAUCAAGGGAUAUUCCGUGUGUCCGGGUCUCAGAUGGAAAUCAAUGACAUCAAGAACUCAUUCGAGAGAGGUAAGGACCCAUUGACAGAUGAAGAGAACAACCACGACAUCAACUCGGUUGCCGGGGUUCUUAAACUCUACUUCCGGGGCCUGGAGAAAUCCCUCUUGCCCAAGGAAAGAUUUAAUGACCUCCUCUCCUGCGUCAGAAUAGAGAACCUGUAUGAGAGGUCCCUGUACAUCCGUAAGAUUCUCCUGACCGCCGUGCCCAGAUCCAUCCUCAUCGUGAUGCGCUACCUUUUUGCCUUUCUCAAUCACCUGUCCCAGUACAGCGAUGAGAACAUGAUGGACCCCUAUAACCUGGCCAUCUGCUUCGGGCCCACCCUCAUGCCCACACCCAACAUCGAGGACCAGGUGUUGUGCCAGGCACACGUCAAUGAGAUCAUCAAGACCAUCAUCAUCCACCACGAAACCAUCUUCCCCGACACCAAGGAGCUGGACGGGCCCGUCUACGAGAAAUGCAUGGCCGGGGAAGACUACUGUGAGAGUCCCUACAGUGAGCAUGGGGCCAUAGAGGAGGUGGACAAUGAGGGAGGGACUGAGACGCAUACCAGUGAGGAUGAGGGCGAGCCCAUCGAAGCAAUUGCCAAGUUUGACUACGUGGGACGUUCUGCCCGAGAGCUGUGCUUCAAGAAGGGCGCCUCCCUGCUGCUGUACCAGCGGGCAUCGGACGACUGGUGGGAGGGCCGGCACAACGGCAUUGACGGCCUGGUACCUCACCAGUACAUCGUGGUGCAGGACAUGGAUGACAAUUUCUCAGACACGCUUAGUCAGAAGGCUGACAGUGAGGCCAGCAGCGGCCAUGGAGCUGAGGACAAGUGUUCAGGAAAAGACAUGAGCUCUCCGACUGACACCAGGAUCACUGACGCCUACAUUGGCAGCAGGCAUAAGAAGAGGAUGGAGCCCCCCUCCCGCCGCCCCCCGGCACGCCCUAAUGAUGUCAACUGCAUGGUGCACCCCUCCCAGCAGACCCACGGUGGCCAGGCUCACACGCCUGAGAUGGGCUCCCCGGUUCUGGGUCACUCCUUCAGCCCCCGGGACCUGCUGCGGAGCCGUAACCACGGCCAGCUUCCCAUGGACAGCCCCGAGCACCGGCGCCGAACAGGCCACGGCAGCCUGACCAACAUCAGCCGCCAUGAGUCACUGAAGAAGAUGGAGAGCCCGCCCAUUCGACGCUCCACAAGCUCGGGCCAGUACACAGCCGUGUUCCAGGACCCCCACCCGCACGGUGGUGGCAAGCCCCUGGAUCCGGAGACCAUUGCACAGGACAUAGAGGAGACGAUGAACACGGCGCUGAACGAGUUGCGUGAGCUGGAGAGGCAGAGUUCGGCCAAGCACGCUCCCGAUGUUGUGCUGGACACCCUGGAGCAGAGGCAGUCGACCGGGGGUCCCACCCCAGCCAGCUCCAGCGAGUCCCUCAGCCCCCUCCACAACAUCCUUCUGAGGGCUCAGACCGGCGAGGCCGGGGGGCCCCCGAUGCGCCGCAGCACCAGCUCUUCCAGCGACACCAUGAGCACCUUCAAGCCGGUAGUGGUACCCCGUAUGGGGGUGCAGCUUAAACCGCCUGCCCUGAGGCCCAAGCCCCUGGUGCUGCCCAAGACGGGCCCGACUCACCCUCCCCCUGUACACCCUCCCCAAGAGCCCCUAGACAAGUCGUGCACCAUGUGAACUUUGAACUCUGGGAUGGGAACAUGGACCAACAGGAAACUGGGAGAGGGUCUCUGACUACAUAUAGUAGCAAUAUGUUAUCAUUGUCUAUAGAUGAUAAUAAUAGUAACAAUAUUGUGUAAGAGUAUAAGAACAGUCCAUUGCCUGGACAUUGAGGAUGCUGUUGUAAUUUACUUUGUGAGAAAGAUGUGUUUUCUUGUGUCGAGAAGUUAACCAGUGUCCAGUAAGUUAACCACAUUUAUUAACAAUGAAAACAGGAACAUUCUCAGGUCUGCUAGACAGACUGAACUACCACAAGGAAAGGAUCAUGUUUCAGUGUAACUAACUAUUUAACAGACAAAUAAUUGUCAAGGUCCAUAUGGAAAAUAGUGUAGAAUCUGCUGAAAUGCCUAGCAUCGCUAGAUAAGUCAACUUUUUCUUCUUGAUCAUUACUGUAUACAGAACAACAAAUCACGAGGCUUCCUUUGAGGUUGGAGAAACUUGUCUGGUAGUUCACAAAAACUAGAGAACUACAAAAGAAUGAACACUAAAGAAACAAAAUAAUGCACGUUGCAAUUCUGUUUUGCUUACUACUCAGCCAGGGGAACUAUGGGAAAUGUAGCUGAACCUGACUAAGGUUUGCUUCUCACUUAGAUGGACAAUGCUUAGAUUUAGAGUACCAAUCGUAAGGCUUUACUGCCACUCAGAAAUAUAAGCUGUCAAUAGUGAAAUUUCAAACCACCAUUUGAAAGCUGUUGGAAGUUUGGAUGUAGCUAAUGUUUAUAGCUGAGACUGAAGCAGGGAGGGCAAGAGUCCAGAUAUGUGUGUGAUCAUAAGGAUGCACUCUCACAUACAGUUUUGGCCAAAUAUAUUCGCACCCUUGCACUUUUCUUAAAUAAUUCCCUAUUUCUUCUCAAAUAAAUUGCAAUUGGAAAAAAAACUUUGUUAUUGAAUUUUCAACAUUGCAGAACAUAUUUUAUUUUUGUAAACUGUAUUUUCUAAAUUAAAUUUGUAAACUUAAGACAAAUGGCCUGGGCAAAAUGAUUGGCACCCAGGAGCUAGUACUUGUGCUGUGGGGUUGCUUUGCUGCCUCUGGUACUGGGGCCUUGAACGUGUGCAAGACAUCAUGAAUCAUGAAAUCAGAAGAUUAUCAAGCUAUUUUGGAGUUCAAUGUUCAACACAGUGUCCAAAAAUUGUGUCUUUUAAGGUUGUGGGUCUUCCAGCAGGACAACAAUCCAAAACACACGUCAAAAGCACCCUGAAAUGGUUCAAGAAGAAUCGCUGAACUGUUCUGGAGUGGCCAGCGAAGAGUUGUUCAACGUGGAGGGCUCCCUCAAACGUUGAACAAUUAUAGCAGUUUGCUGCAGAAAAGUGUGCCAAAUUGCCAGUUGAAAGGUAUAGCAAGCUCACUGAUGGCUCCAAGAAGCAUUUAUCUGAAGUUAUCUUGGCCAAAGACCAUGUAACCAACUUCAAGCUCCAACUUCAAGCUCUGGGGUGCUAAUCAUUUUGUUCAUGACAUUUUCUUUAUUUUCUCAAAUUGUAAACUUAAGUUCACAAAAAUAAAAUUGGUUCUGCAAUGUUGUGAAAAACCAAUAGGGAGUGGAGACCGGUUUAUUUAUUUUUACGUUUCAACUUAUUUGAGAAGAAACAGGGAAUUAUUAAAGAAAAGUGCAAAGGUGCCAAUGUAUUUUGCUGCAACUGUAUAUACUGUAGAUAUAAUUGGACAGUAGAUGAUGAGAUGUUUAUUUGGUGCACAACAGAAGAGUACAAAUGAACUGGAUACACUUUUGUCAAGGACUAGCUGCACCUCCCAAAGGUUCUGAGAAUGAUGUUACGAGAUGUUACAAGAUUGCCUACAUGUUGAUUUUAUAUGGCUUUAAUUUUAUGGCAGCAUCAUAGUUCUAAUGGAGGUCUGGAAGGAGACAAGAGGAUACAACCACUGUGAAAUAUGACCCGUUAUGGAAAUCCUGUGAAAAUGUUUAUAUACUCUUGAAGACCUGUGUCGAACCUUCGUUGGCUUUUUGUCUUUAUAUUCACGGGGAGCGGUUGAGAAUGGUUUGCAUAUAAAACAGAGUAUAGAAAACACACCAGAGCUUGGUUUACAACAACACACAAUGCCUGGCUUUCUCUGUCCAAAGACGACAUCUACUUUUACAGCAUGGAUGGAUGUUUGUUUCUCUCUCCCUCCUUCUGCAAUGUAAGCAUUCUUUUAGACUCCCUAAACUCAUGGCAGUAAACUCCCAAAGACAGAAUGCUGGACUGACUGUUACUGCUUCUUGUCAGUGUGUUAGGAGCUUUAUAUCCCAUCCCCAUAGCCCCUUCUGAUCUGUAGGCUAAUCCUUGUGUUGUGGAUGGGGAGAUGGGCUGGUCCAUUACGCUGUGGGGGAGAUGUGACUGAUGUUUAGAUUCUCCAUCAGGACUUUGUUAGUACAUUUAGGUUAUACCCCCUUUUGAAUGAUUGUUGUGUGCCAGAUCCCAGCUGUAUAGAGGAGCAGACGCAGCACAUGUGGACGUGGGGAAUGCAUACUCACAUGUUCACUGAAGACCAUGUCACAGGAUGUGGGUGUCAUUGUGGAGGCUGCUGAGGGAACGAUGCCUCAUAAUAAUGUAUGGAAUGGAGUAUAAUCUAGUGAAUGGAAUGGUAUCAAACACGUGAAAACCAUGUGUUUGAUACCAUUCCCUUCACUCCAUUCCGGCCAUUAUUAUGUGCCGUCCUCCCCUCAGCAGCCUCCACUGGUGGGUGCAUGUGACAACUAAUCAUCACAAGGGAAAUGGCCUCCUCAUACUGUAACUAUGUUCCCCUGUGACAGUGCCCUCUAUGGGUCUCUUUUAAAGGUGUAGCUGAAGACAAGAGACUGAUGGAUGCAUGCGUGGGAAGCUUGCAUCUGGUUAAAGAACAAGGACUCCAAAAAGCAUUGUCUCAAGUUUGCAAUAAGCAAUGCUUUCCUUGGCAUACAAACUGCAACAGGUUUAUUUUUGUCUGUUGCCAAAAUGUCAUGUAUAUUAAAAGUGAAUAUGAUUUGAAUUCUGGAUUACUAACCCUUUCUGGAUUUUGUAAUCAUUUUUUAAAAGAUUUUGUUUGUUAGAAUUGAAUGCGAUUUUUAGAACAAAGGUUGUAGAAAUUCAAAGGUCCAAAGAACAGAGCCACGGAAUUUGCAGGUGUCCCACCCAAACUUUGGUCGUAUUCAUCAGACACCAAAGGGAAGAGAACAAACAGGAAGGGACUACCCCAAUAAGAAACACUCAUUUUGCUUUCUGUUUUGCAACAGUGUCCUAAUGAACAUGAGCCUGUUGUAAUCUGUGUUGUCUUUCUAUAUGCCAUUAUACACAGUUAGCAGUGGAGUCCUGCCUGUUGACUGUUGCUUUGUGUCCAUGUACAUCUGUAGUAUGUACACAUGAAAGUGCCUUAGUUCAUAGUUUCUCUAAAACAUUUUCAAUGUUCUGUACAGUUGCAUUCUUAUUUCAGACCCUGUGUUAUGAGCAAGUGGAGUAGAAAGCGAGACAAAUUAAUUAAUGAGCGAAGUCUUGCAUCUCAAUAUCUGCGGUGCUGCUCGUGGCAACGUCAAUCUUUAAUAAUAAAGAUACUGCUUAUCCAUUGUGACAUCGCACAGAACUGUAUAUUUGGCAUGUAACAUCUUAACAACUUGGAGCUCUGAGGACUGUUCCUCAAGGGUUUUUCUGUCUAAUAAAGGAAAUACACUGAACAACAAUAUAAACGCAACAUGUAAAGUGUUGGUCCCAUGUUUUAUGAGCUGAAAUUAAAGAUCCCAGAAAUUCUCAA